AUGAUGUCGGGCUUGAACGUGGCAUGCAGCGCCGUUAUUGUCCUGUUCGGAGCGGUUUGCAGCGUUUUCAUAUUCUGUGAGUAUCUGAUUUAUUACGCCGCGAUAUUACAGUGUGGUUGGCCAGGGAUCGACCAUGGUGCGCCGGCGGGUGAGAAGAGCGCAGACGGGCAGCCAAAUGCGGAAGUUAUGCGCGCUAUGGUGCUUUCAGACACGCACCUCCUUGGCGCUGUCGGAGGACACUGGUUCGACAAACUGCGAAGGUAAUUGAUCCUCAUGAAUAGAUCUAACUAUGCAUUUUGUGAAAAUAAAUAAAUGUAUAUUUUGCAUAUACUUUGUGAGCGAGUUUGUAUUAUAAGGGAAUGCAUAAGAUGCGUACAUCCUCGACUCUCCUUAUCAGCCAAUAUCCACGCUGUCUCCAAGAUGAUUAGAGCAGCAGUCGUAAACAAUAACAACAGAGCGGGUAAUGCAUGGCGCACUGAGCGGACGGUUGACUGACUGUGUGUCGGUCUGUCUCUGUGCCACCCAGAGAAUGGCAGAUGGAACGGGCUUUCCAGACCGCCCUGACACUGCUCAGGCCCGAGGUCGUUUUUAUUCUGGGAGACGUGUUCGACGAGGGGAAGUGGAGCUCUCCAAAGGUACGUGGCCAUAAAAGUUCGUUAUAUAGGGUACUGCGGCGAAUUCGGGGGUUGUCUAAUUGGGAUUCGAACCUACAACUUCGUCUUAGCCAUUAUGCAAAGAAGUUUGGGUGAGAGUGUCUGCUAAAUGACUAAAAUGUAAAUGUAAGUCCAAACCUGUUGCGGCGUUGAUGUUAUUCUAGCGUACAAGAGACAAACACUGAACAUUGUAUGUAACAGCCCUAGACCUACUGUAUUUUUUACUAUUGUUCCCAACAUGUCUAUGUAAUAUUAUAUUUAUCCAACUUGCUCUUAUUCCCUCCACAGAACUGGGAGGAUGAUGUUCAUCGUUUCCAGAAGACGUUCAGACAUCCCAGUGACACAGAGCUGGUGGUGCUGGUUGGAAACCACGACGUCGGCUUCCACUACGAGUAGGUUUACGUCCAUCGGCAUUAAGCCGUAGACUCUAUACUGUCUCCCAACUUGGCAUGCCCAUACUUUAAACCUGGCUUAGGAAUGUUCUUAAGUCAACGAGGCCUAUUCAGAAUCUAUGUUUUUUUUUGCCUUCUAUAGUAGUUCGGGGAUUGCAGAAUGGCCAAAGCAAACGGUGGAAUAGUGAAAUGCUUCAAAAUGUAGCCUACAGAACCGGCCUAGUACUGUACAGUAGCCUCUGUGUUCUUUAACAUUCUUCAUACAUGAUGUAUUGUAUGUAAAUUGUACGUAUUGUAUGUAAACAGAGAUGAAAACAGUUCAACCUUCAAAAGAAGCUUGUAGUAGCCGAUGAAAAGUCUCACAAAUAAUACAAACAGCUUGUUUGUACUUGACUACACUAACCUCUAACCGGCUUGGUUCUCUCUCCUCCUGAAGAAUGGACUGGUUCAAGUUACAGCGCUUUGAGAAGGCCUUCAAUACCACCUCCACCAGAAUGGUCACCAAGAAAGGAGUGAAGUAAGAGUCUCUCCCUCUCUCUCAUUUAAGGGGCUUUAUUGGCAUGGGAAACAUAUUGCCAAAGCAGGUGAAAUAGAUAAAACAAAAGUUAAAUAAACCAUGAAGGCCUGAGUAAACAUUACACUCACAAAAGUUGCAAAAUAAUAAAGACAUUUCAAAUGUCAUAUGUCUACAUACAGUACCAGUCAAACGUUUGUAUACACCCAGGGUUUUUCUUUAUUUUUACUAUUUUCUAUAUUGUAGAUUAAUAGUGAAGACAUCAAAACUAUGAAAUAACACAUAUGGAAUCAUGUAGUAACCAAAAAAGUGUUAAACAAAUCAAAAUAUAUUUUAUAUUUGAGAUUCUUCAAAUAGCCACCCUUUGCCUUGAUGACAGCUUUGCACACUCUUGACAUUCUCUCAACCAGCUUCACCUGGAAUGCUUUUCCAACAGUCUUGAAGGAGUUCCCACAUAUGCUGAGCACUUGUUGGUUGCUUUUCCUUCACUCUGCGGUCCGACUCAUCCCAAACCAUCUCAAUUGGGUUGAGGUCGGGGGAUUGUGGAGGCCAGGUUAUCUGAUGCAGCACUCCAUCACUCUUCUUCUUGGUAAAAUAGCCCUUACACAGCCUGGAGGUGUGUUGGGUCAUUGUCCUGUUGAAAAAUAAAUGAUAGUCCCACUUAGACCAAACCAGAUGGGAUGGCGUAUCGCUGCAGAAUGCUGUGGUAGCCAUGCUGGUUAAGUGUGUCUUGAAUUCUAAAUAAAUCACAGACAGUGUCACCAGCAAAGCACCCUCACACCAUCACACCUCCUCCUCCAUGCUUCAUGGUGGGAACUACACAUGCGGAGAUCGUCCGUUAACCCACACCUAGUCUCACAAAGAACGGCAGUUGGAACCAAAAAUCUCAAAUUUGGACUCCAGACCAAAGGACAAAUUUCCACCAGUCUAAUGUCCAUUGCUCGUGUUUCUUGGCCCAAGCAGGCCUCUUCUUAUUAUUGGUGUCCCUUAGUAGUGGUUUCCUUGCAGCAAUUCGACCAUGAAGGCCUGAUUCACACAGUCCCCUCUGAACAGUUGAUGUUGAGGUGUGUCUGUGACUUGAACAAUUUCUGAGGCUGGUAACUCUAAUUAACUUAUCCUCUGCAGCAGAGGUAACUCUGGAUCUUCCAUUCCUGUGGCGGUCCUCAUGAGAGCCAGUUUCAUCAUAGCGCUUGAUGGUUUUUGCGACAGCACUUGAAGAAACUUUCAAAUUUCAUGAAACUUUCCGUAUUGACUGACCUUCAUGUCUUAAAGUAAUGAUGGUCUGUCGUUUCUCUUUGCUUAUUUGAGCUGUCCUUGCCAUAAUAUGGACGUGGUCUUUUACCAAAUAGGGCUAUCUUCUGUAUACCUUGUCACAGCACAACUGAUUGGCUCAAACGCAUUAAGGAAAGAAAUUCCACAAAUGAACUUAAGGCACACCUGUUAAUUGAAAUGCAUUCCAGGUGACUACCUCAUGAAGCUGGUUGAGAGAAUGCCAAGAGUGUGCAAAGCUGUCAUCAAGGCAAAGGGUGGCUAUUUGAAUAUUUUUUUGGUUACUACAUGAUUCCAUAUGUGUUAUUUCAUAGUUUUGAUGUCUUCACUAUUAUUCUACAAUGUAAAAAAAUUUAAAAAAUAAAGAAAAACCCUUGAAUGAGUAGGUGUGUCCAAACUUUUGACUGGUAGUGUACAGUGUUGUAAUGAUGUGCAAAUUGUUAAAGUACAAAAGGGAAAAUAAAUAAACAUAAAUAUAGGUUGUAUUUACAAUGGCGUUUGUUCUUCACUGGUUGCCCUUUUCAUGUGGCAACAGGUCACAAAUCUUGCUGCUGUGAUGGCACACUGUGGUUUUUCACCCAGUAGAUAAGGGAGUUUAUCAAAAUUGGAUUUGUUUUCGAAUUCUUUGUGGGUCUGUGUAAUCUGAGGGAAAUAUGUGUCUCUAAUGUGGUCAUACAUUUGGCAGGAGGUUAGGAAGUGCAGCUCAGUUUCCACCUCAUUUUGUGGGCAGUGUGCACAUAGCCUGUCUUCUCUUGAGAGCCAGGUCUGCCAAUGGCGGCCUUUCUCAAUAGCAAGGCUAUGCUCACUGAUUCUGUACAUAGUCAAGGUCAGGUAUUCUGCCACUGUGUACUCUCUGUUUAGGGCCAAAUAGCAUUCUAGUUUGCUCAGUUUUUUUGUAAAUUCUUUCCAAUGUGUCAAGUAAUUCUGUUUUUUUUUCUCAUGAUUUGGUUGGGUCUAAUUGUGUUGUUGUCCUGGGGCUCUGUGGGGUCUGUUUGUGAACAGAGCCCCAUGACCAGCUUGCUUAGGGGACUCUUCUCCAGGUUCAUCUCUCUGUAGGUGAUGGCUUUGUUAUGGAAGGUUUGGGAAUUGCUUCCUUUAAGGUGGUUGUAGAAUUUAACGGCUCUUUUCUGGAUUUUGAUAAUUAGCAUGUAUCCGCCUAAUUCUGCUCUGCAUGCAUUAUUUGGUGUUUUACGUUGUACACAGAGGAUAUCUUUGCAGAAUUUUGCAUGCAGAGUCUCCAUUUGGUGUUUGUCCCAUUUUGUGAAUUCUUGCUUGGUGAGAGGACCCCAGACCUCACAACCUUAAAGGGCAAAGGGUUCUAUAACUGAUUCAAGUAUUUUUAGCCAGAUCCUAAUUUGUAUGUCGAAUUUUACGUUCCUUUUGAUGGCAUAGAAGGCCCUUCUUGCCUUGUCUCUCAGAUCGUUCACAGCUUUGUGGAAGUUACCUGUGGCACUGAUGUUUAGGCCGAGGUAUGUAUCGUUUUUUGUGUGCUCUAGGGCAACGGUGUCUAGAUGGAAAAAGUAUUUGUGGUGCUGGCAACUGGACCUUUUUUUGGAACACAAUUAUUUUUGUCUUACUGAGAUGUAAACUGAUGGAGGGAUUGUGCAUUCCUGGUGUAAGUUGUUGUUGCCAUCCUGUACCUGUCCCGCAGGUGUGGUGUUCGGAUGUGCACGUGCUGUUACACGUGGUCUGCCACUGCGAUCAGCUGUCCGUCCUGUCUCCCUGUAGCGCUGUCUUAAGCGUCUCACAGUAUGGACAUUGCAAUUUAUUGCCCUGGCCACAUCUGCAGUCCUCAUGUUUUUCCAGAGUCAGUAGAAAGGCCUCUUUAGUGUUUGUUCUUUGUUAUAGAGCCAAAAAUAUUGUAGAAGUGGUUUAUCCAUACAUCUCCGUUUUGGAUAGAUAACUCUUCAUGUUGUUGUUUGUUUAGAGUUUUCCAAUUUUCCCAGAAGUGAUUCGAUUCUAUGGAUUCUUCAAUUCCAUUGAGCUGAUUUCUGACGUGCUGUUCCUUCUUUUUCCGUAGUGUAUUUCUGUAUUGUUUUAGUGAUUCCCCAUAGUGAAAGCGUAGGCUCAGGUUUUCUGGGUCUCUGUGUUUUUGGUUGGAUAGGUUUCUCAAUUUCUUUCUUGUUUUUGCAUUCUCCAUCAAACCAUUUGUCACUGUUAAUUUUCGUAGGUAGCUGAGAUGUCAAAUAUACUGUUUAGGUUUUCUACUGCCAAGUUUACACCUUCACUAUUACAGUGAAACAUUUUGUCCAGGAAAUUGUCUAGAAGGGAUUGAAUUAGUUGUUUCCUAAUUGUUUUUUUGUAUGUUUCCACACUACUUUCCUUCUGUAUAUAGCAUUUAUUAAUAUUAUUCAGUUCCUUUGGCUUUGAUGCCUAAUGAUUGAGCAUAGCUCUGUUCAAGUAAUGUGUGAUUUUUCUGUGAUCUGAUAGGGGUGUCAGUGGGCUGACUGUGAACGCUCUGAGAGACUCUGGGUUGAGGUCAGUGAUAAAGUAGUCUACAGUACUACUGCCAAGACAUGAGCUAUAGGUGUACCUACCAUAGGAGUCCCCCCGAAGCCUACCAUUGACUAUGUACAUACCCAGCAUGGGACAGAGCUGCAGGAGUUGUGACCCGUUUUUGUUGGUUAUGUUGUCGUAGUUGUGCCUAGGGGGGCAUAUGGGGGAGGGAAUGCUGUCACCUCCAGGUAGGUGUUUGUCCCCCUGUGUGCUGAGGGUGUCAGGUUCUUGUCCAGUUGUGGCAUUUAGGUCACCACAGACUAGUACAUGUCCCUGGGCCUGGAAAUUGUUGACACCCCUUCUAGGAUGGAGAAGCUGUCAUUGUUAAAGUAUAGGGAUUCUAUUGGGGGGAUAUAGGUAGCACACGAGGACAUUUUUCUCUGUUUAGAUAAUUUCCUUAUUAAUUUCUGGUCAGAUGUAAAAUGUUCCUGUUUUGACUAUUUUAAUAGAGUGAGUUAGGUUUGCUCUAUACCAAAUUAGCAUACCCCCUGAGUCCCUUCCCUGUUUCACACCUGGUAGUUUGGUGGAUGGGACUACCAGCUCUCUGUAACCUAGAGGGCAACCAGUGGGUCCGUCUCCUCUAUACCAUGUUUCUUCUAGGAUGACAAUGUCUUUAUUUCCAAUUUCAUUGAUGAAGUCCAGGUUCCUGCUCUUUAGGCCAAAGGCAGAUGACCUCAGGCCUUGGAUAUUCCAGGAUGAAAUAGUGAAGGCUUUGUGUUCCAUAGUGUCUGGUGUUGUUUAGGCCCGGACCAUCACAGUAGGUGUGAGCAGAGCAUGUUGAGCAUCUGAUACAUACCUCUUAGGAUGGGUCUCUCCCUCUCUCUCUCUCUCCCUAUCUCCCUCUCUCUGUGCAUGCUGGGAGUCUUUUGGAGUUUGAGAGUUCGUGUGGAGGGCUCUAUCCUAACUUAUUUUCUUGAAUCUUUCCUUGGUCUUUUCUUUUCAUUUGUUAUUUUCUAUGGUGGAGGGUUAAUGCACUGUUUGUUUUAGCGGUACCCACUGUUUUUCUUACAAAGUUAGGGAGAAAGAGGACAGAGUUUUAGUUUCCUGGGAUUUUGAACGGUGUGGUGUGCGCGGAGGAGACGCUGUCGUUACGGCAUGGAUUCAGGUCUGUUCCUGAGAAUGGAAUUCAGGUGAAGGAGGUUCUGCUCGCAGUCGGCCAACAGGUAGCAGCUGAAUUUAUACAUUCCGCUACCAGAAUGGACAAAGCUGUGGUUGUGUUCAUGAAAAGAGUAAAUUUGGUGGGAAGGCUCAUUGCUUGUGGAAUAUUUGUAAGGGGUGUGUUGGAUGCCAAUUUCUCCUCUUUCUACCUCUUCGACUAGGGUGGUAGUUGGAAAUUUGCCUCUGUUUAUUACGGAUGAUCAAAUCAGGAAAUAGCUGAGUCGUUUUGGUAAGUUUGCUAGCGGUUUUCGUGUACUGUCGGCAGGUUUUCAGGCAGAUGCCGUCAAGCAUGUUGUUUCGUUCCAGAGGCAAGUGUUCAUGUUUCUGAAUAACAAUGAGCAACAGUUAAAUGUGCAUUUUAAAGUGAGGCAUGGGGAGGGGCUCUAUGCGGCAUUUGCCAGCACAUAUAGUCUACGGUGCUUUGAGUGUGGGGAUUUGGGGCAUAAGAGCUUUGCGUGCCCACAUAAAGGCCGUAGACAAGGUGAGGGUUCAAGCGCCAGUGGGUGAAUAUGUAAAACAAAAAAACGUACAGGUGUUGUUUCUGCAGGAGACGCAUAGUGAUGUGGUGAAUGAAGUUGAUUGGGGGCUCUGGUGGAAAGGGGCAAGUGUGCUGAGCAAUGGGACAAAUGUUAGUGCAGGGUUGGCAGUCCUUUUUGCACCAGGUCGUAAAAAUGUGCUCCUCAAAGGAGGUGUGUAGUGGUAGACUGCUUGUAGUAAAAGCAGAAAUUAACUUCCUGGGGUUUUGUCCUUAUAAAUGUGUAUGCGCCUAACACAGGUGUGUCUUGGACAGGAACUCUCACAGGCAGCGACUGGAACUGUACGAUUGAUUUUACGAAAGUCCGAAAUGGGGAGGAGCCUCAUUAGGGGUGAUAAGGGACAUCAUUAAUCAGUUUGACCUAGUGGAUGUUUGGAGAACUAGACAUCCCAACACAAGACAGUACACAUGGGUGAAGGUCUUUGGGGCUAGGGUGAGUGCAGCCCGGCUUGAUCGAUUGUACAGGAAUCAGAGCAAUAGGCUGUUUGGCGCUACCAUUCUCCCGGUGGGUUUUUCGUAUCACCACAUAACCAUGGCUCGGCUGUCUAUUUCACCAGGGCCUCGGUAGGCAUCCUAUUGGAAGUUUAAUGUAAAGCUCUUACAAGAUGCCACUUUUUGGUCAGUUUUCCAGACUUUUUGGGAAAGGUGGGGGAGCGAAGAGAGGAGUAUGAGUCUCUGAGUCAAUGGUGGGAUGUGGGAAAAGUCCAAAUUCGGCUUUUCUGUCAACAGUAUACAGCUCUCUCAUCCUCAGAGGCUAGGAGAGUAUCGGGGGAACUCGAGCGUAGUAUUAGUGAGAUGGAGGUAGAGCUGUUGGGGCAAGGCAAUGUAGGCCUCCAGGCUAAUUUAGCUGAACUACGGAGGGACCAGGGCAGUUUUUCCAGGUUAAAGCAAAGGGAGCACUUGUAAGAGCUAGGUUAUCCAUGCUCAAGGGGAUGGAUGCUCCCAGCUCCUUCUUCUUUGGUUUGGAAAGACAGAGUGGUGAAGCCAAGGGUAUGCAUUGUCUACGGCUGUCGGAUGGGCAGGUGACCUCUGUGGUGGGGGAGAUGCGGGAGCGGACCGUGGAGUUUUAUACUGAGUUGUAUAUGGCAGAACUGUGUGAUCCUAUGUGUGCUCAGGUUUUGUUUGCAGAACUCCCUAAGUUCUCUCUGGCACAGAAGGAUGAAAUGGACAUUCCCCUGUUGUCCCAUGAACUGGCAAAGGCCGUAACCCAGAUAUCCCCCAGCCGUGCACCGGGGGUCGAUGGACUCACAGUGGAGUUUUAUAAAAAAUUCUGUGGGAAUAAUUGGUAUGGACCUCUUUUGCAUGUUGCGUGAGUGCAUUGGGGUAGGAGAGUUGCCGAUGAGCUGCCGUCGGGCGGCUCUGACUCUCCUGCCCAAAAAAGGGGACUUAAGAACUGGAGGCUCUGUUUGGACUACAAGAUCUUUGCCAAGGUACUCGCUAGCAGACUGAAGUCCCAUCUGGACUCUAUAGUACACCAGGACCAGACAUAUUGUGUACCGGGACGCUCAAUCACGGACAACUUGUUCUUAAAUCAGGGACAUGUUGGACUUGUCUCGAGGUUCUAAUGUGAACUUUGGACUGGUCUCUUUAGACCAAGAGAAAGCUUUUUGAUAGAGUGGACCAUGAGUAUCUGUUUAAUGUGAUGUCUGUGUUUGGGGAAAGGUUUUAGGCCUGUGUGAAGAUGUUGUAUGCUGGGGCAUCAUGUAUGGUCAAGGUGGGAGGGGGGCUCAGUAGGCUAGUCUGGGUGAGGCGGGGCAUUAGACAAGGAUGCCCUCUAUCAGGGCAGUUAUAUACACUAGCCAUUGAGCCUUUUUUGGGCCUGAUAUGCAGGAGACUGCAGGGAGUCUGCUGGACAGGCAUGGGUGUGUUGACAGGCAUAACAGUGUCGGCGUAUGCAGAUGACGUUUCUAUGAUGGGCAGGAUAUGCAGGUACUAGAGACUAGUCUGAAGGUACGAGGGAGCUUCGUCAGCUAACGUGAACUGGGGCAAGAGCAAAGCUCUGUUAUGUGGGGCAUGGUUCCAGGGGGUUUGCAGUGGGGUUGUGAAGGGCUUAACAUUUUGGGCGUGUACCUGGGCUCGGAGAGGUGGGUCAGGAAGAACUGGGAGGGGAUGUUACAGGCAGUGGUGCCAAGACUGGCCAGGUGGAGGUGGCUCCUGUCCCAAGUGUCAUAUAGAGGGAGGGUGCUGAUAAUCAACAACCUGGUGGCAUCUUCCCUGUGGCAUAAACUGGCCGUCCUCACCCUCGUCAGAUUUUAACACUGAGCCUGGGGGAGUUUGAAGGGGUGGGAGGUAAAGCCUUCUACAACCUCGGUAAAAAUCUGAGCCUAACAGGAGUGAAGGCACAUCAGUGGCAGGGGGUAUGUGGGGGCGGAGAGUAUGGUGGGUUUUUAGAUGGAGGGGGCUCUAAAAACUCCCAGUACCAAAGAGGUCAGGGGACGUCCAGCGGAGGGUUCUACAUGGAGCCCUGGCCACUAACAGCUGGUUGGCACGGGUCGACCCGGGAGUCGGACAGGGGUGUCCUUUCUGUGGCGGCAGGUAGCUUAGUGGUUAAGAGCGUUGUGCCAGUAAGCGAAAGGUCGCUGGUUCAAAUCCCCGAGCCGACUAGGUGAAAAAUCUGUUGAUGUGCCCUUGAGCAAGGCACUUAACCCUAAUUGCUCCUGUAAGUCGCUCUGGAUAAGAGCGUCUGCUAAAUGACUAAAAAUGUUUUUUUUUUUAUGUGUGAUGAGUGAAACUGUGAUUCAUGUGUUUUUUUCUGUGUGCGCCAGGUUAAUGCCUUUAAUGUCUCAGUUGGAAUGUCUGUGAGAGGUUUGGGGGGUGAAGUUUAUUGUCUGGAUGUUUAUAAUGGGGUACAGGUAUUCAAAUAAGGAAAAGGCCAAAUGUGUGUUGAAUUUUCUGUUUGCUCAGGCAAAGUUGGCUAUUUGGCUAACAAGGAGGAACAGGGUCAAAGGUGGGGGGAUAACAGACCCUUUACUAUUAUUUAAUGGGAUGGUCUCUGCGCGCCUUAGGGUGGAAUUUGAGUUCUAUAAAAUGAUAAAAAGUGUGGAGAUGUUUCAGGAGAUAUGGCUUGUCGGGGGGGCUGUCUGUAUAGCUGGGGAAGAUAGGUUGGAUAUACGGUUGUAGAGGUGGUGAGGUUUUGGUUAUUGUGAUGUUGUGUUGUUUUUGUAUCGUGGGGUAGAGGGCAAGGUGAGUAUGCAGUAAAAGGGAUAUAUAUAUAUUUUUUUAAGGGGGGUGGUGGUGGUGAGGAUUUAAUUAAAUGAGAAUGUAUCAUUAAGUAUCUCUCUCUCUUCCCCCUCUACCCUAAGGUGUCUCUGUCUCUCUCUCUACUAUAUAAACCCUAAGGUGUCUCUGUCUCUCUCUCUACUAUAUAAACCCUAAGGUGUCUCUGUCUCUCUCUCUACUAUAUAAACCCUAAGGUGUCUCUCUCUAGCUUCCUAUUGGUUAACAGCGUGGCGUUGCAUGGUGACGGCUGUCCUAUCUGCCAAUCAGUGGAGAAACAGCUGUACACACACUCUAGGGACCUCAACUGUUCACUUCUACAGGUGGUUCCUCUACCAUACACACACACACGCACACACACACACACACACAAUCCAAGGACCUCAACUGUUCACUACAGGUAGGCACGUCCUCUGCCACACACGUUAUGGAGUCCUUCUGACACGCCUGUUGUGUUUUGCUAUCUGACAGAAUUCCCAGUCCAGCGAAUUCUGUCGAGACGCAUGGACCUACCCUCCUACACCACCCAUUAUCCUGCAGGUAGAUAUCCGCUCUUUAUUACAUGGUAAUAACCACUAUUACAUGGUAAUAACCACUAUUACAUGGUAA